AUGAUAAGCACCUUUGGCCCAGGUUCACCCACUUAUAAAAAGUCAGAAACUGCAAUGCAGAUAGUAUGUGGUAAGAGAGCAGAGAGCAUUGAGGUGCGUCGAGAUCGCAUUCUGAAAGAGAUUGAAAACCCCAACUUACGUCUUACACUGCAGAACAUCCCCCCUAGUCAAGAAUAUCUGUUUAGCCGAGAGGCCUUGCAACCGGUUAUAGCUUCUCUGGGAGGAUCUCAAAUGUGGCUAAAUACUCCGUCUUAUGAUAGAGAGUAG